CCAGUUUUUCAUAUUACUAGUUAGAUGUAUGCUUACGAGUGUUUCUUAAACAUUUCUCCCGCUUCUUUCAAACCAGCGACAAGAAACUUCGUCGAAUCGCGAGCGACGACAGCAUCGACUCGGCGCGAUUCGUGCACAACACUAGCAAUCGUUACAACGCUCUUAGAACGAAGAUUGAUAAUUUCGGAGGAGAUAGCUGAGAUCGAUACUGAAGCGUUCUCGGUGCCUUUUACGAGCGGUGUUGCGCGACUUCACGGUCACUUCGAGUUGUUGCGACAUUUCUUCGUUGUCCUCCUCAGGGAUAGUCUCAUUAAACGUCGAAUGAUCUUUAUUUCGCAAGCAUCUACGUAGGAUCGCCGCAUUGUUUCGUCGUGAAGGGUUUCCGCGUGUGUUUCUAGCGCGACGUCUUUCGCGAGGAGCAUCCUUCGCCGAGUUAC